AUCAAUAAUUCAACAAGGUCUUUUUGGUCCAAACGAAAUUACCCCUUUCGUAAUUGACUUUUUCCUUCUCACAAUAUUCGCAACGAAAUUAAUUUUACUUAAUUUGAAAUAAAAGUUCUUUUAUUUAAUUUUUGGGCUUAGCUUAUAGAAUUUGUGCGUAAGAGGGUAUAUUCCGGGUUUCGAUUUCGAUACUCUUUGGUCGCAAAAUUCUCCAUCUAUAACUCUUCUCUCAUCUUUAACUCAAUACUUCAUAAUAUUCUUUGGACGAGUUUUUGGUUUUGUUUCUCAACAGAAUAAGAGAUUUCUGUGGCCUGUGAACGGUGCUGGGAAUCCUCAAUGGAUUUAUGUAAAUGAUAUUAUGAUCAAGGUGAUGUUUAUGGUGGUGUUGAUGGUAGAUUAGCAGACGGAUAAUUUACUUGUAAUUUGAUUACUGUAUCACCGUAGUAUGGAUUAGCAAGUAUCAACUGAAUGACUCAGUGGCCGGAGUUAUUUAUUUUUGUUAGUUGUUCAAGUUUAUUCUGGAGGGUGAAGGAGCUUUAGAGAAUCCAGUUCUUGAAAUUACUAAUAGCAGGUUAUUAUAAUAUAACUGCUGAGCCAUUGGAGUCAUCUUUCAGACCUAAGUACAAUAUUGUGAAAGAUAACAAGCAUACUUGGAGUGCACAUUUUGUAAUAAUGGAAGUAGCUAUUUCUCUACAUACACAGAAGCAGAAUUUGCAGACAAUAGGUCGCAAAGUUUGUUCUGGAUUCCAAAAAGAUCUGUGGCUUGUUGUGCGAGAAGGAUCUCUGAAUGAUGUAGAGUCAGCAUUGACAUCACUAAAAAAGAGUGGGGGCAAUAUCAAUUUGAGGAACACCUUCGGGCUGACUCCUCUUCAUGUUGCAGCUUGGAGAAACCACAUUCCCAUUGUAAAGAGGCUUCUUGCAGCUGGUGCAGAUCCUGAUGCCCGAGAUGGAGAAUCAGGAUGGAGUAGUCUUCACAGGGCUCUGCAUUUUGGUCACCUUGCUGUUGCAAGCAUCCUUCUUCAGCAUGGUGCCUCGAUUACAUUGGAGGACUCUAAAUCUCGAAUACCUAUAGAUCUCUUAUCUGGCAAUGUGUUUCAGGUUUUUGGCAAUGAACACGGUUCAGUUGCUACUGAGUUAUUUAGUUGGGGCAGUGGUGCAAAUUAUCAGCUUGGAACUGGAAAUGCGCAUAUUCAGAAGCUACCAUGCAAAGUUGAUUCACUUAAUGGUUCGAUCAUUAAGCUGACUUCUGCAGCAAAGUUCCAUAGUGUGGCACUUACUGAUCGUGGAGAAGUGUAUACUUGGGGAUUUGGAAGGGGAGGCCGUCUAGGGCAUCCCGAUUUUGACAUACACAGUGGUCAAGCUGCUGUCAUCACUCCCCGCCAGGUGACUUCUGGUUUGGGUUCACGAAGAGUGAUGGCAAUUGCUGCAGCUAAGCAUCAUACUGUUAUUGCUACUCAGGGCGGGGAAGUGUUCACCUGGGGAUCCAAUAGAGAGGGACAACUAGGGUACACUUCGGUCGAUACACAACCCACACCUCGUAGAGUAUCUUCUUUGAGGUCAAAAAUUGUUGCCGUUGCUGCAGCAAACAAGCACACAGCUGUAGUUUCCGAUUUAGGUGAAGUUUUUACUUGGGGUUGCAAUAGAGAGGGUCAGCUUGGUUAUGGCACCUCAAAUUCGGCUUCUAACUACACCCCACAUGUAGUCGAAUCCUUGAAGGGAAAGACCUUAACCAAAGUUUCUGCUGCAAAAUAUCACACAAUUGUAUUAGGAUCUGAUGGAGAGGUAUUUACCUGGGGUCAUCGACUUGUAACUCCAAAACGCGUAGUGAUUACUAGGAACUUAAAGAAAAGUGGAAGCAUUCCUUUAAAGUUUCAUCGCAAGGAACGGCUUCACGUAGUUUCUAUAGCUGCUGGAAUGGCACACAGCAUGGCUCUUACAGAAGAUGGAGCAUUAUUUUAUUGGGUUUCCUCAGAUCCCGAUCUUAGAUGCCAACAGUUAUAUGCUAUGUGUGGAAGAAAUAUGGCAAACAUAUCUGCUGGAAAGUACUGGACUGCAGCGGUUACAGCUACAGGCGAUGUUUACAUGUGGGAUGCGAAGAAAGGUAAGGAUAAGCCACUUGUUGCGACUCGGAUGCAUGGUGUAAAGAAGGCUACUUCAGUUUCAGUUGGCGAAACACAUUUAUUAAUUGUGGCUUCCCUUUAUCAUCCUGGCUACCCUCUCAACAUGAUUGAUAAUUCUCAGAAGCUCAAGUCGAAUAACAGAAAUAGUAUGGAAGAGUUAAAUGAAGACAUUUUAUUUGAGGAUAUUGAUUCCCAUAAUACAUUAUAUACUGUUCAAAAUGAUAAUAUAAGACAGAGGUCUACACCCAGCUUAAAAAGUCUUUGCGAAAAAGUAGCAGCAGAGUGUCUACUGGAGCCACGGAAUGCCAUACAAUUGCUUGAGAUUGCUGAUUCUCUUGGAGCAGAUGAUUUGAAGAAAUAUUGCGAGGACAUUGUCAUGCGCAACCUUGAUUAUAUAUUCUCAGUUUCAACACAUGCUGUAGCAAGUGCUUCAUUAGAUGUUUUGGCGAGCCUCGAGGGGUUGUUAGACCAGAGAUCGUCUGAGCCAUGGAGUUACCGUCGGCUCCCAACUCCAACUGCUACACUCCCUGUUAUCAUUGACAGUGAAGAGGAUGAUAAUGAGAUAGAGUGUCAAAGAACUUGUGACAAACCCAGGAAAAUGUCUGCACUGAAAUUGGAGAAAGUUCAAAGAUCAGAUUCCUUUCUACAGCCAAAGGAUGAUCCCGAUAAUGAAAUCUCCAAAGUAGUACGAGCUAUAAGGAAGAAGUUGCAGCAGAUUGAGAUGCUUGAAACCAAGCAGUCUAAAGGACAUCUUCUCGAUGACCAGCAGAUUGCGAAACUACAAUCUAAGUCAGCACUUGAGAGCUCGCUUGCAGAGCUUGGUGUUCCCGUCGAGAAUUCACAGAGUAAAGAGUCGUCUUCUAUACUAGCAGAAGGGAAAGGUAGUAGUAAGAAAGGUAAAUCAUCAAGAAAACAAAGGAGAAAGGGCAGUAGCAAAUCAACCAUAGAGCAGACAGAAAUAGAAUCUGUUUAUUCCAAAAGUGAAGUGAUCCCCGAAUCUGAAGACCUGCUGGACAUUGACAUCAUGACCGCUCCUACUUCAAAGGUGGAAGAGGAUAUCUCCAAACAUUUCACAGAAGGCCAGGGUGAAAAAGAUGUAGCUUUUGUUGUACAAAAGAAAGAUGCUUCAGAGUUGCCGAAAGGUAAGGGUCAGUCACCAAAGGGUUCCAAGAAGAAGAACAAGAAGGGUGGUCUUUCUAUGUUUCUGAGCGGUGCUCUUGAUGAAUCUCCAAAAGAGGUGGUGCCUCCCCCGACACCGAGAAAUGAAGGUCCUGCAUGGGGCGGGGUGGCCAAGUUUAUGAAGGGUUCUACUUCUCUUCGUGAAAUCCAGAACGAGCAGAGCAAAAUAAAGGGUAACAAGCCAGCUGUUGUUAAAGACAAGGUGGAUGAUCUUUCUGAUUUUGGAAGCGGUGGCAAAAUAAAGUUGAGUUCAUUUCUUCAUUCUAGCCCAAUACCUGUUGCCUCAACUCAAAGUUCCCUGGCAACUGAUGGAGAAAAAAACACCCCUCCUUGGGCUGCUUCAGGAACCCCUCCUCAACCCACUAGGCCAUCUUUAAGGGACAUCCAAAUGCAACAGGUAAAGAAACUACAAGGCCUUUCCAGUAGUCCAAAGACUAGAACUUCUGGGUUCACUAUAGCUACCGGUCAAGGCUCACCAUCUGAAGCAAACGGGGUGAACCGUUGGUUCAAGCCCGAAGUUGAAACACCAUCAUCCAUUCGUUCAAUUCAAAUUGAGGAAAAAGCUAUGAAAGAUCUCAAGCGAUUCUAUAGCAGCGUAAAGAUUGUUAAAAAGCAAUCUUGAGGCUCUUUCAAGUGAUUGUUGUCAGUCUACCCUGUGCUCUACCCUUUUCUUGCUCCAAUCCAAUGACUGUAUAUUAGUCUGUAGAAAUAGUUAUAGUGUGUACAUUCUUCUCUCUUAGCUUUCUCAGUCUUUUCCCAAGUAGAAUUGUAUAUGAUCAAGAUUUUUACAUUUACUCAUUUUCAACUGUCUCAAGUUGAAGACUGGUCAAUAAUGAUACUAUGGACCUGGCGUUAAUUGAUGGAGUGAGCUAAGUAGCACUGAAGGGUAGAUAUGGUUACAUGGUUACAGAUUUUCCUUACUCAAAUAACUUCCAAAGGCCCAAGAAUUGUGAGAAUAAGAGACGAUACUUAUUUGAAUUGUGAGAAUAAGAGAUGAUACUUACCUCCAAAAAUAAGGGAUAUGUAUGUUCCCAUACAUAGGAUAUAUUAUUAUAUAUAUCCAAGAUAUAGAACCGUGACCCUUUUGUAAUUCCAUAAAGUUGUUCCAUUUAUUUGAGGAAUCUUCUGCUUUUGGAGUGAAUUACAAUUGUUCAAAAGCUUUUUAUAAA